GAAAGACACCCAAAUUGCGUACUUCUAAGGCUGAGGAUUGCCCAAACAAAAUAGCAAAAGCAGACAGAGACCACCAUGCUCUGAUUCCUUUAGUUUCCCCAAGUUCCAACCUCUUCAAUGUCCAGUUCCAUGGCCUUGUUUUCUCCUCCAAACACCCAUCUCCCAACCCUCUCCCCUUCUUCAUUUCCCAAACCCCACCUUACCCACAAACCUUAUAUCUUUCUCAGACCCAAAAACCCUGUUUUUCUUUCCAAAGCCACAUCAGAUAAUGGAGCUGGUUCCCUUAGCUCAGCUGCCACUGCUGUGGAACCCAUAGCAGAGCCUAAGGUCUCUCAAGCUUCUGAACCGGCAUUGGAGAAGAAUGAGACUUCUUCUAGCUCUAAUGGGUCUGCAGGGACUGCCAAGGAAGUGGAGGUUGUGAGUAAAUUUGAAGACCCCAAAUGGGUUAAUGGGACUUGGGAUUUGAAGCAGUUUCAGAAAGAUAGCAAAACAGAUUGGGAUGCUGUCAUUGAUGCCGAGGCUAGAAGGCGAAAAUGGCUCGAGAGCAACCCUGAAUCAUCCAGUAAUGAUGAACCCAUAGUUUUUGACACCUCCAUCAUACCUUGGUGGGCAUGGAUAAAACGGUACCAUUUGCCAGAAGCUGAACUUCUUAAUGGCCGAGCUGCAAUGAUUGGGUUUUUUAUGGCUUAUCUGGUUGAUAGCUUGACUGGGGUAGGUUUGGUUGAUCAAAUAGGCAACUUCUUCUGCAAAACUUUGUUGUUUGUAGCUGUGGUGGGAGUACUUCUGAUCCGCAAGAACGAGGAUAUUGGAACUCUAAAGAAACUGCUGGAUGAGACAACCUUCUAUGACAAACAAUGGCAAGCAACCUGGCAGGAUGAGACCCCUGGAAGUUCCAAGGAUAAGUAGGAUUAGCUUUCGAAUUUAAUCUGUUACCAUCUUUUAUCUUUUUUGUACUUCACUUUAAUUUAUCUUUGCCAAUGGAGAUUUAAAAUCUAAACCUAUAUCUUUAGUCUUACUUGUGUUUGUCGAACGACAAGUUCUUUAUAGAGUUCUUUUUUAUUGAGCUUUGUCGAAAGGAGGUUAAUGAAGCUACUAUUUUCAGCAUC